AUGGGUUUCGUUACAGAUUCCAAAUUGUUAAGAGCCACCAUAGCCGUCGCCCUCGCAGCUCUCUCCGCCUCCGCUGCACUCUCUCUGCAUUUCAUGAGAAGAAAAUCGAAGGAUCUGGACUCCAAGAUUAGGGAGCUCGAGAAAUCCCUCAAGGCCUCCUUGAAGCAUUGCGCUUCCGAAAGGCAAGGUCGAAUUCGGGCUCAGCAGGCUUUGAGGAAAUCGCUGACGGAACCAAAGGUUGAUGAUUUGGAGCUGACUUGUUACCCCAUGGCACCUAUUGGUGUCAUCCAGUCCUGCUUCUCUACCAGGAAUGGGACGCCCAGGCAACCAUUAAUUGUACCUCUUUCCAGGGCAUGCUUGAUCUUUAAUUCAGCCCGUGUUCCUCCAGCUUCGCUUGAGGGUCUUGGAGACUACACGCAUUGUUGGGUUAUCUAUGUUUUCCAUCUAAAUACAAAUCUAGAGAGGCUUUGGAAGAAUCCAGCUAAAUCAAAGUUUAAGGCCAAGGUGAGAGUGCCAAGACUAAAAGGUGAACGCAUGGGAGUCUUUGCCACCCGAUCACCCCACAGGCCAUGCCCCAUUGGGCUCACUGUUGCAAAAGUAGAGGCUGUAAAAGGAAAUAUACUUCUACUCUCUGGUGUGGAUUUGGUUGAUGGGACACCUGUACUUGAUGUCAAACCAUAUCUUCCUUACUGCGACAGCAUCCAGGAAGCAGGAGUGCCAAAAUGGUUAAUGGUAGACAAGUCUUUUUCAGUGGCUUCUAUUAGUUUCUCUGAGGGCUUCACUUCGUCACUUGCUCAAUGCUGGGCUAUAACAGGUAAGAAUUCAUUGUACGCAUCACCGGAUGAGUUCCAAAACUUGUUAAAGCAGGUGCUUUCAUGGGAUAUUCGAUCAGUAUCUCAGCGAACACGACCUCAUGAGUCCUUCAUUGCGUCCCACAAUGAUAACCACCUGAAUGAUUUGUCAGAUGAUUACCAAGACGAAGAAGCUUCUAGGCCUAGAAACGAGCAGCCUCCGCAGUCAUCAGGGGACAUAAUUUAUCACCUGAUUCUAGAAGGAUUGGAUGUUUGGUACAGGCUCUGUGAUGGCAAUGUCGUUGUUGAGAAAGUAACAGAGGCACCAACCGUCAUUAAAAGUAAUCAAAAGCGGCGCGAUUACUCUAUAUGGAGAGACUGA